GGUAUAUCGGGUGAUUAGAAAUUUGUGAAUUAUUCACUACCUCUGUCCUAUAAUAAGUCGUUCCUAUAUCAGUACAUUUUGUCCACCAUGUAUAUGGCGGAUGCAAUGGGAAGUAAAUCAUUGGGAACUUUCGGAGCUCAGUCGAGCUACGCGAAACGCUCGUACUAUCUUGUGAAAAAUACAAUGUAUCUAUUAACAAUAGAUUUUACACAAAACACGUGUAUCUAUAUAUAAAUAAACAAAACAAAGCAAAAUUAUUUUUACAUAAAGGACAAUUAUAUAAGUUCACAUGUGUUUACAAAAUAUAUAUUUUUACCGGCGAUUAAUAUAUCGUCAAUAUAUUAAGGUUAACAAUGUAAUUAGACCAUAUAGUCAUAUUCCAGAUGACAACAAAAAUAAGUCAUCAGAAAUAAUCAAAUCGUUAAAAUUUCCUGAUUACCAAUUAGUCUAUGCUUUUCCACAUAUCGCCUUUCCUUGCCUUUUAAAUGUAAUGAAACGUAAUCAAACUAUCGUAGCUGGACUAAGUGUACCAGUGCUUAUAGGGUUACAAGUAACAGGUUUAAUACCAGGAGAUGAAUGUAUAAAACUUAUAUGUGUUUGUUUUAUAAUUACUGCUUGGUUUCACGUUGUUUGCCAUGCAUGCAACAACCUUAUUGGUUCUGUAUACUUAAAAGAUAAUCAAGAAGUUAUAAUAUCAUAUGUAGAUUAUUGGGGUAAAAGAAGAGAUUUAAAAACCAAUGUUAAUGAUAUUAUACCUCCUACAGAAAGAACUACCUCACUUAUGAAAUAUAGUCUCUAUAAAAAAUUAGGUAUCCAGUCGUGUAAACAACAGCUAAAAAUAAAUGUACCAUAUGGACGAAUUAUUGAUGAAACGAGGUUUAAAAAUAUUUUUGGUGACAAUGUAUAAUUCGUUUAAUUGAUUGAUGUAAAUCUAUAAAUAAUAACUUCAUUCUUAAUUUCUUUAUUCCAACCAUCUGUAAUGAGCAUAAGCUCGAUUUUCUUCGCAUUGUUUGUGUAAAUCUUGUUUCUUUUUCACAGUUCGACCCUAAAAUGUAAACAGUUGUAAAAAUAUUGUAAAAUAUAAUUCCAUAAUUUCUUUUAAGUCAAAUUAAUUGUACUUCUAAUCAACAUUAAUUCACUAAAUACGACAAAAGAUGUUAUAGAUAUAAGAGAAGUAAAAAUGUACAUGUACCUCGUUAUUAGCAGCACUAAUAAGUUCUUUUGCUAAGGCAUCAACAAGAUGGGUUUGAUUUGGCUUGUCCUUUGCAGUUUCAAUCAGCCAAUUCAUUGAUUUAAAGUGACCUUUCCUCUCAGAUAUUGGUACAGGAACCUAUACAAAAUAUUAUCUUAAAUUAUUAUAUUUAAGAUUUAUUGAGACACUUAUAUGAACAUAAAUAAAAUGUUAUUAUACCUUA